AUGCUUGAGAACAUUGUUGCGUGGGUUCUAAACAACUACAUAGGUGAAUACCUUGAAGACCUCAAUACAGAUCAGUUGUCUGUGGCGCUCCUGUCAGGACAAGUAGAGCUAGAAAAUGUGCCUUUGAAGAAAAGUGCUUUACGCAAACUUGAUUUACCCCUGGAGGUGAAGGCUGGAUUGUUGGGAAAGCUGACACUGUCCGUGCCUAUAACACAUCUGAGAAGCGAACCAUGGGCAUUGAAGCUGAGCGAUGUUCUCAUCAUUGUCGGUCCUCCAACACCUGAUCGCCGAUAUGACGUGGAAGCAGUGGAACGUGUUGAGCAGCAAAAAAAGGAACAAAUGUUAGAUGAACUUGAAAAACGACAUACAACAGAGUUAUUAUCAUUUCUUGGCAUCACUGUUCCGGCCUCACAAGACACGUGGUGGGGUGCAUCUUUGAUUUCUACAGUGUUGAAUAAUAUACAGUUGAUACUCAAUAAUGUCCAUAUCCGUUACGAAGACGAUUUGUCAUUGCCCAAUGGACUUGUUUUUAAUUGCGGUGUACGUAUACAAACGAUGACGAUGCAGACGACGAAUGCUGCAGGGAAGCCUGGUUUUAUUGAGCCUCAGUCGGGUGUAAAUAUAUUCAAAAAAUUAGAACUGAAAGGAUUCAGUCUGUACUGGAAUUCGGAUCAGAAAUUAUCGAAAAAUUUGGAUACGCCAAAGAAUCUACGGGACAUACUUGCUCCGGAAGACCCUAGCAGUGCUUUCAUCAUCCACCCUUGUAGUGCUGAGCUAAGAAUGGAACGGAAUUCUAGCAAAUUUCCACUUAAAGGGCAUACUCCUAGGUUUAAAUUUUUCCUGCUACCAGAAAAGAUUACGAUAGAAAUGACAAGGAGACAGAUGGCCGAACUACGCGCUCUGAAUCGGGAAUGGGCUCGUUUCGAGCGAGCACGGCAACAUAGGAAGUGGAGACCGUUGACGAAAAUUGGCGAAAAUGCAGGGGAAUGGUGGCGAUUCGCUUACGACCGAGUAAGCGAGGACACACGCCGAGCGCAAGCUCGUCGUUCUUGGCACUUUGCUCUUACUCGCGCACGACACCUCAAUGCGUACUGUAGAGCGUAUCGGCGGCGGCUUUUAGCUCUGAUAGAAAAUCCUGCUCUAAAGAACUCUACUACCGAAAAGGUGGAAGAGGAUAAUACGCAGUCAUCAUCGAGCAAACAAAGUUCACCUGUGCAUGGUCCGCAUGAAGACGUCGUUAUUAUGAAGCAGAUUGAGCACGAUUCGCAAUAUACAUAUCAUGAGCUACAUCUUUUUCGGGAGACCGUUUUCCGCAAACUUAUGCGGGAGAAGGCCAAAGAAAAAGGCACAGAUCUUUCUUCAACCAAUGACGACGUCUUUGAGAACAUAGACACUCCGGUAGAAGAGAUUCCCUCAGUGGAUGUAAUGCGUAGCGUACAAAAAGAAAGUGGUGGCCUGUAUGGAUGGAUAACGAGUUUUUUCACGCAGGAAGAAAGCAAAAUAGAAAAGGAGGAAGCAUUUGAUUUUCGAAAAUUGGACUUGAAGGAUUUCGGAGAUCUGCCAAAGUCAUUCAACGUGAAGGAAAUGGAAGAAGAAAUUCUGGAUGUCCUGCACGAAUCUUGGGAUGAUUCCACCUUGUUGAGACGUGAUAUGCUUUUAGCCGAGAUAGCGAUGCGCCUCGAGCACAUGACUUUGCGCUUCAUUGAUACCAUAAAGCUCAACCAAGCUGAGCAGCGUCGAGUUUUGGCAAUGGACUUGACGGGUGUGACUUCUCGUGUUGAACUUAGUCCUCGACAGCAUUCUCUGACAGUAUCUCUAGCUGUUAUGGAUAUGGGCAUUCAACGAUUAAGAACAGGACAUCUUCCUCCAAAGGUUUGUUCACUUGCUUAUAUUUGA